UGCAGCAGCCAUUUUGUCUGUUCAUGCAAGUCCACCCCUCACGGUCAAGAACUGCGUUCCCCCUUCGAAAAUAACCUGAAAUAUUGUAUUUUUUUUGUAUAUUAUGUGGCACUUAUACGGAUUUAAAAAUUACAAGUUCGAAGAUGCCUUUCUCUUCGAAAUAAAUAGCGUAUUUUUUUUAGUUGUGUGCGCGAAUAAUUAAGGUUAUGUCGUGCGAGGAAAGCUACUUAGCCAUCAGACGCUAUCUGACUGAUGAGCGGGAGCCGUACGCACCGGGGACCCAUGGCAACACUAAAAGAAAGAUACGUAAAGCAGCCGCUUGCUAUGUCGUGCGGAAUGGCACACUGUACUACCAGAGAAGGCAGAAGGGCCUGGAUGAAUUCACCGAGUUGGAAGUGGUGUUGCAGGCAGGACGGAGGAAGGAACUGAUCGACGAGUCACACAUUGUCACCGGAGAAGAGCACCUCAACCAGCAUCACACUUGGGAAUCCAUUUCUCAGAAGUAUUGGUGGAGAGGUAUCCUGAAGCAGGUGAAGGACUACAUGAGACAGUGUAGGCAGUGCCAGAACAGACAGGACCGGAGAGGAUUAUCAGAGGACCGGAGUGGAUCCAGACUGGUGGGCCGACCAGGGAGACCAAGGAGGGUCACAACCCCAGCCAGUGACGAUGAUGAGGUGGAGGAGGAAGAGGAGGAGGAGAUGGACUUGGUGACUUCCAUUCAUCACAAGACCAAGAGCCCCAGGACUGUGGCUAAACACGAACUGGUCUUUGUGGACAGUAAGGGAGUGGUGAAGCAGUACCUUCCCAGACACGGUCAGACGAUGCUGGACAAGCUGAACCAGCAGCGCCUCAACAACCAGUUCUGUGACAUCACGCUUCUGAUCGAGGGGGAGGAGCACAGGGCCCACAAGGCUGUGCUGGCCGCCUGCAGCGACUACUUUAAUGAGCUGUUUAUAGAGAAGGGAGCUGUGUCCAGUCACGAAGCGGUGGUCGACCUCUCAGGUUUCAGCAAGGUCAGUUUCCUCCCCCUGCUAGAGUUUGCGUACACCUCCAACCUCUGCUUCAACUUCUGUGUGAUGGCCGACGUUGCCACGCUGGCCCGACACCUCCUGAUGGCCGAGGUCCUUCAGAUCUGUGAGUCCGUCCACAAGAAGGUAGAGGAGCAGAAGCUGAUGGUCUACCAGCAAGGAGACAUCCACACGGUGGUGUCCAGCCAGCCUGCACCCCAACAGGCCCCGAAUGAAGACCCUGGGGCCUACAUUAUGACUAUCGGCAGCGACGGCCAUGCCGUGGUGACUCAUACUGGGCUAGCUGGAGCAGGGGAGGACCUGGACUCCCUGGCUGUCAUGGCAAACACAGCAGAGUCCUUCAGAGGGGAUCUGACGUCUGUAGUCAACCAGGCUCUGGGAGGUGAACCAGGGGAGACUAUGACCGUGGUUGGGGAGGCAGGGUCAGAGACGGUGACUCUAGUCACCCACAGUAGCCAGGCCCGGGUAGGCGAGUCGGUCACCCUCUUCUCCCCUACUGGAGAGACCGAGACCAUGACGGUCGUGACCCACAGCGGCCAGGCCCGGGUAGGAGAGUCGGUCACCCUCUUCUCCCCUACUGGAGAGACAGAGACCAUGACGGUUGUGACCCACAGCGGCCAGGCCGGAGCCAAUGAGUCCCUGGCCGUGGUGUCAGCUUGUCUGGCCCUGGAGCAACAGCAGCAUGAUGAAGGGGACGAGGGGGACUCCCUCUCCAUGGAGCCGGGGGCCUUCCUUAUCAGCGUGGACCCAGGGAAGGUGGCCCCUACUGAGGUGGUCCAUCUGGCUGUAGAGCCACCUGUAGUCCAGGUGGAUCCAGCACCCCAGGAGGAGGAGACGUCGGCACACCAGACUGUGGAUCCAGCACCCCAGGAGGAGGAGACGUCGGCGCACCAGACUGUCGAUCCAGCACCCCAGGCCGAGCCCCAGCCCCCCAAGAGGAAGAGAGGACGUCCUGCCAAGGUGAAGCAUGAGGUGAUCGAGGAGCCAGAGUCUCCUGUCGAGGAGGAGGUGGUGGAGGUGCCAGAGCCGGUCUCUACUCUUGCAGAGGAGGUUCAGAGGACCCAUGACCCCUAUAAGAGACGCCUACGGCAGCGUUCCAUGGGGGAGGGGGGGUACGUCAGGCUACACAUGGGGCUGGAGGAGGACAAAGAGGACAAGAAGGGAGCCCAGACCCCACAGCGCCCCAGCACCCCCAAGAAGAGGGGUAGACCCGCCAAGAGGCACGUUGAAGAGAUGGAAGCUGCUGUGGCCGGUAUGGAGAAUGUUGUCCAGACAGAGACUGAGGGCGUCCAAUCACCAGACGGCAUUCUAUAUGGAGCACCUAUCACAGAGCAGCCCGUGGGGCAGGGGCCAGAGCCGGGUCAAGGCCCCGCGCAGCCAGAUGGAGGGAGUGAGGUGGAGGGAGAACACGCCUGUUCAGAGUGUGGACUGUCGUUUCACAGGCGCUAUGCGCUCAUCAUGCACACGCUCAAACACGAGAAGACCCGAGGAUACAAGUGUACUUUAUGUAACAAGGAGUUUCAGUACGCUGCCUCUCUGAGGGCCCAUCUGGCCAGACACAAGCACCAGAAGAGUCAGAGGCCGACCCUGGUCAGGGUCCCCCAGCCCCACGGCGAGGAGGGCGUCGAGGGGGACGGCAGGACCAAGGGACGCACCAAGAGAGAGUUUGUCUGUGACAUCUGUGGAAAGACUCUUCCUAAGCUGUACUCUCUGAGGAUCCACAUGCUGAACCACACUGGGGUACGGCCCCACUCCUGCAGGGUCUGUGGGAAGACCUUCGCUCAUAAACACAGCCUGAAGAUGCACAGAGCUCUACAUGACGCUGCUAAACAGUUCCACUGUCUGCUCUGUGACAAGUCCUUCGUUAGUAAGAGAAGUCUGGAGGAACACACCAGUAUUCACACAGGUGAAUCUAAGUAUCUCUGUACCCAGUGUGGAAGGUCGUUCCACCGAGCCUCUGGUCUGAGUAAACACAUUAAGAGACACCAGCCCAGACCUGAAGUACGAGGAUUCCCCUGCAAUCACUGUGAUAAGAGUUUCUUUGAGGCCAAAGACCUGCAGCAGCACAUGAACAAACACCUGGGACUCAAGCCCUUCCAGUGUCAGGUUUGUGGGAAGUGUUAUAGCUGGAAGAAGGACUGGUAUUCCCAUGUGAAGUCCCACAGUGUGGCAGAGCCUUACAAGUGUAACGUCUGUGGUAAGGAGUUCUUUGAGAAGGCUCUGUUCAGGAGACACGUGAAGAAGGCCACGCAUGGCAAGAAGGGCAGAGUCAAGCAGAACCUAGAGAGAGAGUGUGAACACUGUGGCAGGAAGUUCACCCAGCUCAGAGAGUACAGACGACACAUGAACAACCACCAGGGAGUCAAACCCUUUGAGUGUCUGACGUGCGGAGUAGCCUGGGCCGACGCCCGCUCUCUGAAGAGACACGUACGCACCCACACCGGCGAGCGCCCUUACGUGUGCCCCGAGUGCCAGGAGGCCCACAUCGACGCCCGCUCCCUACGGAAGCACAUGACCAAGUACCACGGCGACCUCCUGCCGGGGAAAAUCAUGCUGGAGAAGGAUACCCUACAGUUUCACAACCAGGGUACUCAGGUGGAACACGCCGUCUCCAUCCUGGCGUCCGAUCUCCCCCCCGAGCUCCGGCCCGUCCAGCCGCCGCCGGCCGAGGAGAUCGAGACGGUGCUGAUCACGGAGGAGACGGUGGAGGCGGUUCAGGCCGUUCAGGGUGACGGGGUCGCGACCUUGUCAGACCAGAGCAUCAUGCAGGUGGUGAACUAUGUGCUGUCUCAGCAGAGUGUGCUGCCUGGGGGGGUGAAGAUGGAGGAGCAAGAGGUUAUACAAACCAUGGAGGUGGUACACAUGGCAGAGGUGGAGUGAGGUGACAGACCAGGUGGAGUGAUGUGACAGACCAGAGGUGGAGUGAUGUGACAGACCAGAGGUGGAGUGAUGUGACAGACCAGAGGUGGAGUGAUGUGACAGACCAGAGGUGGAGUGAUGUGACAGACCAGAGGUGGAGUGAUGUGACAGACCAGAGGUGGAGUGAUGUGACAGACCAGAGGUGGAGUGAUGUGACAGACCAGAGGUGGAGUGAUGUGACAGACCAGAGGUGGAGUGAUGUGACAGACCAGAGGUGGAGUGAUGUGACAGACCAGAGGUGGAGUGAUGUGACAGACCAGAGGUGGAGUGAUGUGACAGACCAGAGGUGGAGUGAUGUGACAGACCAGAGGUGGAGUGAUGUGACAGACCAGAGGUGGAGUGAUGUGACAGACCAGAGGUGGAGUGAUGUGACAGACCAGAGGUGGAGUGAUGUGACAGACCAGAGGUGGAGUGA